AUGCUGCUGAGUGUAAUGAUAAAUGUUGUUGGUCAACUAUCAAUAUUAGUGAGCGAGGAAGGGGUUUGCGUUGAGGGUUGGGGAGACUAUGGAGGUCAAAGAAAGAAAGUUACAGAGAUUGAAAACGACAAUUUUAAUAUUGAAUUUUCUUUAAUGAUUGCUUGGCUGAUAUUCUUUUAUCUUCUUAUAGAUCUUGAAUUUUUGUCUAAUUGUGGUGUUCACAGUUAUGUCCCUCUCAAUUAUCUUCCCACAUAUCUUGAAAAUGAAAGUCUGGAAUUGGAUGAACCAGCAUGCAAAAGAUCUUGCUCGGAUGACUGCAGUUGUGAUGCAUAUGGUGUUAUCUCCAAUAAAUGUCUACUUUUGAAUAGUGAGAUCUUGAAUAAUAUAUCAAGUUUCUUUGUUUCAGAAGAUUCUAAUAGUCUGAAAAUUCCAUUCAACAUCAAAGUUUCUUCGUCCGAUCUUGCUAACAUUACUGAAAAAAUCAAUACUAAAGUGCUAGUAGCAGGAAUCGUUUCAGGAUUUUUCGGUCUUGCAUUGCUUUGCAGCAUUGGCAUUAUUUACAGAAGGGUGAAGAGAAAAGGAAGUAGAGACUUGAACCGUGAUUAUUUAGAUAUGCAGUUUCAAGACAAUGGAAGAAAUGUUAGAAAUUUAGCAGAUCCAGGGAUACUGAGUGCAGAAGACAGGAAAGGCAUUGAUGUACCUUUCAUUGAUUUUAAUACCAUAUUAUCUGCCACAGAGAAUUUUUCGCUUUCAAAUAAACUUGCACAAGGGGGAUUUGGGCCUGUGUACAAGGGAGUGCUCCCUGGGUUAGGUGAAGUGGCAGUGAAGAGGUUGGCCAGCCAAUCUGGACAAGGGCUGAAGGAAUUUAAAAAUGAAGUAGUGUUGAUUGGCAAGCUUCAACAUCGUAAUCUUGUUAGGCUUUUGGGAUACAGCUUGAAGGAUCAUGAAAUGAUACUACUCUACGAAUACAUGCCAAAUAAAAGCUUGGAUCGUUACAUAUUUGAUAGGACGCUUUGUAUGACUCUUGACUGGGAUUUACGGUUCGAUAUCAUCAUGGGAAUUGCUCGAGGACUUUUGUAUCUUCACCAAGAUUCACGGUUGAGGAUUAUUCAUAGAGAUUUGAAAGCAAGUAAUGUGUUGUUAGAUGAGGAUAUGGAUCCCAAGAUUUCAGACUUUGGUUUGGCAAAGAUAGUUAAAGGCCAAGAAGCAGAAGCUAAUACUACAAGAGUUGUUGGAACCUAUGGCUAUAUGUCUCCAGAAUACGUGCUAGACUGGUUGUUCUCAGUAAAAUCUGAUGUUUUUAGCUUUGGAGUAGUUGUACUCGAGAUUAUAAGUGGGAAAAGAAACAAUGGUUAUUAUCAUAAACAAGAAGCCUUUAGCCUUAUAUUGCAUGCUUGGGGUUUGUGGAAAGCGAAUACGCCGUUAGAUUUAGUGGAUCCAGCAUUAGCACGAUCAUACAAUUCCAUUGAAGUGUUGAGAUGUAUGACUGUUGGGCUAUUGUGCGUACAAGAUGACCCUGUAGAUCGACCAACAAUGGUGAAUGUGGUUCUGAUGUUGGGUAUGGAUAUUGAGAGCCUCCCGGAUCCUAAAGAACCGGCUUUUGUUGUGUCGAGAAGAAGGAUUAGAAGGUUGCCACUACUGUCUUCAGGUAAAUCAGAGAUCAAUCAAUUGACUAUCACUCAGGAAGAAGGGCGUUAGCAAAGUGAGGUCUUGUUUAUUAUAAGUAGGUUUAUGAAUCUUCAAUAUACCGUUUGGACCAUAUUGGUCUUGCAAUAGUCAAAUUAAUUCUUAUUAUUAUACAAUCUAAUAA